CCCCCCCCCCUUGAUGCUGAUUUACGACCUCCUCUUCUUCUGCUCGCGCGCGAGAGAUGCGCCGGUUUUUAUCGCGCCGGAUAUGUAACGUACACCGGAGUUAUCUUAUAUUUUGUUUUCUCCGCGCGCGUACGAAAACAGUUAUUACCGAAGCAGUUCUCGAUACGCGUCGCCCCUUCGCGGUGCGAUCUUCGAAAAUCGCGAGCGGUAUCGCUCGAUUUACGAUCGCGCGACUUUGAUCUCCGGCUUGCAGCGCGUUGCAAUUUCAGGCAUGGACGCACGCGACGAGAUGAACGGAGAUGCGCCAUUUCUCACUGAGAUUCUCUCGCCGAGAGCGCCCUGGUAAUGCGAAUUCGCCGCUUCGUUCGAAGCGCUCGAAUUUCGCCGGAAUCGCGAUUCUAUCGAAGGUGCAAGAAUGAUAAAUUAUCGUUCACUUAAAAUCUUAAAAGACGUGCGAUUGAAUAAGAUGAAGGUAAGCCCGCAUAUAAUUAUGAAUGUGUCACUUUGCCGAUAUAUCAAAUUCCUUCUUCGACAUGCUCGAUAAUAUUUCUCUAUCUUCUCUCAUUUUGUCUCCAUUUAAUGCAGCGUACAAUGAAUUGAUUAAUCGGUCGGAUUAAUCAAAGAUUCCUUUGCCUUCAAUCUUUACGUCAACCUUUUAAUUUUUCUUUCUUUUAUAAAUUUAAAAAGAAAAUUGCAUAUACCACCACGUAUCACGCUUGGUCAGAUUCAUCGAUGCCUGACAAAGUGCAGGCACUUAUCAGUCGCCUUACGAGCGGUGUUGCUAUGCGAUAUGGAAGGGGUCUCCGGAGUCACCUACUAGCUCGACCAGUCAGAAGUCAGUGUGCGUAAGCCGGCCGGUCGUGCCGGCUCCACUUCAGCUUUCAGCCUUCGCUCUCGCGCUGCAACACCCGCUUAGUAGCCGUUCCGUCGCGCCGUAAAGAGAGUUUCUCUCUCGGGUAGCACGGCUUCGCCACGUCGGUGACGAUCGAUCGAACGAUCGUACGCGAUCGAGGACACCCGUCACGGCUGGCAAAAAGAAAGAAAGAGAAAUCGCGUUUGUAAAAAUCGAAAAUAAAGUCGAAAUCCAAAUGCCGUGAAACUUUUCUCAAUUUAAGGGAUCAUCUCUAUUUCCCUCUCAUAUAUCGUAGAGAUUCUAACUCCAAAGGCGUACGAUUUAAAUUCCGGCGUUGGUAUCGAUUAGUAUCGGCACGAUCCGAAGAAAAAUAAACACAGAUUUGUUUUGAAGGGGAAUUCUCUUAAAAUAGGGGAUUCGCGAGCGAAAAGUAUGACGAGUGCGGCUCGCCGGGUUCUCGCGUCGCGCGCUGCUCUGUUCGUGAGACCAUCGCCGCGUGAGGCGAAGAGUUAUACGCGUUACGGACUUCCAUCUGUGCCGCAAACUCGCGCGCGAGAAGUGAAUUUGAUUUCUAAAAGGGAAGCACGCUUUUUUUUCAGUUGAUCAUUAACGCAUAAUGUUUGAAGGCUCGCGAUUAUAUCGGAUAGCUUGUACGGAGUUUCGCGAUCGUCGGUUGAUCGUCUAACAUCACCGGCACGUAAGUCUCGUUACGAAAUCAAGACCGGUCGAUUUCCGAUACACGAUAUAUUCGACGGUUUUAAGAGUGAUCAUGAUAGAGAAGGAAAAAGCCCAGGACGAGUCGAAGACGGGAGAACAGGCGAGCUCGAUGAACGGCAAUUCGGACAGCGUGCCGGCAGGUCGAGGCAGCGACCCGACCUCGCCCUCGCCCUCGCCUUCAGAGGGCAGGCACGCGGAGGCCGCGGAAACAACAGCGGGCUCCAACGUCCUCAAGAUGAGCAGCACGGAUUCGGCGGGCAACGCUCGCGGGCCCUCCUGCGGUCUCGUCAGUUCCCUUCUGCCCACCAGCUGUCGGGGUAGCGCGGAGGCGUUUGCUCGGUGUCUUCAUCGACGGCUGACAUCCUUGAGCGGCGAAAACGGCUCGCCCGAGCGAGCCGCGGAUGCCGCCGUACCGCGCGAGACCUCGUGGUUGCAUCCGUCGUCGUCGAGCAACCGCCACUCCACCGCCAACAGUCUCACCGCCACUAAUCAACAUCCGAUUCUUCAGCAUCAGCCGCGCCACAGUUCGGAGUCGGAUCUCUUCUACGAGUUGGAGGACGGCUCGGGUUCGCCUGCCGAGGAAGCAACCGCUGCCGAGUUGGCGCACCUGCUGGUGAAUCCAGAAAUUUUGAAAGCGAACCAUCACGACGCCUGCCACUGUUCGCCGAGUGGGACUAGGAUGACGUCCGGCCUCGUGGGUGUUCACUCCGGAGAUUCCGAAUCCGGAUGCAUCUUUGCGUCACCGAUUGCCGGCACGCCACCCGACAGCGAUUCUUCAGAAGUGUUCUUCGAUCCAGAGUCCUCGGACGCUGAGAAAUUAAAGAACGAAGUCUUCUUCGACCCGGUCAGCACUUCGGAUAGCGAAGUCAAUAAUUCGAAUCUCACCAACAGUAAUUUUAUUCGCGCGAGAACCAAGAUCGCAUUGAACGGAUGCGUUAGAAGAACGAACACGAAUGUGGAACGCAACGAGGACACAACGUCCGAGUCGAGCUGCUCGUCGAGAAGAAAUCCCGCUUCUUGCAUAAAUGGUCAACAGGAAGAACAGGUCGUCUGCAGUUCGGAAGAUUCGCUUAACGGCAGGAGUUCUCAGGAAACGACGUCGCCCAGCCACGAGUCUCUAUGGAGCACGUUCGACGAUAGCACUAUGUCACUGCAGGACGAGAGUCCGCCCAGGAUCAACCAGAAUUCCGUUGUUUCUCACAUCUGUCUACCCAAGUCGCAUUCAGACUCGGAGCUACCUAGCAACGGUAUUAACACGGCAAUAUCCAACAAACUCAAAACAGAUAGGUGGAACGAAGAGGUAGAGGAAGAAGAAGAAGAUGAGGACAAUGAAAAGAACAAGAACGACGAGCAUGACGUUGAGGAAGUUAAUUUCGUCAACGGUGUAGCGAAGAUGGGCAAUGACAAUGAGCUCGAUGACUUUCUUGAUGAUGUUGAAGACUCUGUUGAUAAGGCGAAGAAUCGGGAAGGCUGUACAGAAUUUGCAGAUAUCACGAAGGCAUCGUCAAUAAAUACGGCGCAUGCAACGCCGCUAAAAGUGGAUGAUACGAUUGCCAACGAUACGGAUCAAUCUACUUAUAGCAGCGCUGUUGAUGUUCCGGAAGAGCUUACACUGGAAUGCUCAAGCAGCGAUGAGAUAACAACUCCGAAGAGCGAGCUAAAGUUGCGGCUUGAAAACGACGACGCGCAAUGUAAUGACGAGGACAAGAGGCUGAGUUUGUUGCUGAAGAAGCUCGGUGGUAAUUCCAACGUGAAGGAAGACUCGUCAUCGCCGGAGCAAGAGACACAGAGCGAGAUAGUAGAAGAGGAGGAGGACAGGCCGCAGAGAGUACGUAGAUGUUCCUCGCUGAAGACGGGAAAAACACCGCCAGGCACUCCGCAUAGGAAGAAGAUCGUCCGUUUCGCGGACAAGCUCGGUCUCGAUCUGGCCGAUGUGAGGACGUUCCUGGACGAAAUACCGAAGAUACCGAAUUCUGCGUAUAGCGACUUGAUCUACGAUGACAUUUUCCGACCACAACAAGACGGUAGUCCGGACAACAUCGCGGCGACCACUAGCGAUCACCACUGGUGCGAUCGUUUUCAGGACGAUGGCAGGCGCAGAUCCAUGUCGGCAAUACCCAGGAAACUUGAUCGGAUGCUGGUGCCGUUGUUCCAGCAGCCUGGCGGCGCGGCGAACUUUCUUGAUGUGGUGCGCGAGCGACGAGUUUGCCUUGAAAACGUACUGGUGCAGGACCCGGUGACCUUGGCGAUUCAGGGCACGGUGCGUGUUAUCAAUCUCGACUUUCACAAAUCCGUGCACAUACGUUACACCCUCAACUCUUGGCGAAACUUCAGCGACCUGCAGGCGACGUACGUGCCCAACUCGUGUGACGGAUUCAGCGACAAGUUCACCUUCAUCCUCUAUUGUCAUACGCUACUGGUAGGUCAGAGGCUCGAAUUCGCGGUACGUUUCCAGUGCAAGGGAGCGCAGUACUGGGACAACAACGGCGGUGCCAAUUACUGCUUUCAGUGCCUGCCGGCCACGUCAUCGCCCGGAUACAUACCGAUCACCGCUGAGAAUCGAUGCGGCAAUUGGUCACCAACGUUCUACUGAUGAACGACUGAAUCGACUUGAUAUGACGACGGCACGGAAACACAAACAGACUGAAUCAGUUGUUAAUGAAGAGGCUAACGGCGCGAACUCGCGGUACUUUUUACAUGUUCCUAGACGUGCUCCGCGACGAAGUGUGAAAAAUGAAAUCUUCGGGAUUUAUCAUGGUUUUUUUUUUUAUGCUUACGCAGAGCUUUCGGAGAGCUUGCGUGACGAUUGUGUUAUUAAUUUCACAUUUGGCUGCGAAGGAUUCUUUCAAACAUACACUUUGGAUACUAAUAAGAAAUAUUUACAAUUUUCUCGAAGAUUAUUUUUGUAAAACUUACUUUAGAAAAUUAGUUUUUUCUAGACUUAGAAACGAAACAAGAAUCGUGCAUUUUUUUGUUUUUAUUGAAGUGCGAAACAAUUUUUUAAAUUUUACAUCAAAUUUUUUUAAUAACACACUAAAAUAUCUUUUGAUAUUUUGCACAGUUUACUCUCCGAAAUCUUUUUCCACGAAAGCGUUUCCCGAGGAAUCACGAAAUAUACUCCGCCCAUUUCCUAAACUGUACCUGUCAAGCCAACGGAGAUUACAAUCUUGCAAGCUAAAUAUCUUCUCGCGCAAAGCGAAAAAACGAGAGUACUCGUUCGAAACUGUGAAAUGGCCUAAACAGAGCUGGCACAAGAAACGUUAAGGACAAGUAGACGGUUUAAACGUUCCUAUGGAAAGAGUACCUUUACAGAGUUUAUGUCGGAGUUAAAGCUGAUGAAUCAUUUAAUCGAUCGUACGAAGGAAAUGUCGCUCACGGUCGCGAUUUUGUUAGCCGGUACAAAACGACGACAGACGAUAACGAAAUGAACUUUGUUAUAAUAUUAGUCCUUGUUAGCGAUAUUUUACAAAUUUAGAUUUUAUCGUAGAAAAUGUUCCGUAAGAUGUUACACGUACAAAUACAUUUAUACUUUUCUUUCGGGUUAUUGUGCUCGACAUGGGGUACACGGGAUGGGACUUUUGAACAACAUAAGAUUGAACUGUAACUGGUGCCUCCAAAGAUAUAUCACUCAAUUAUAUAUAUUUUUCAAUUCAAUAUAAUAAAGAUUUUAACGUUUUUAUAAAUCAUCUCUUUUUUUUAUCGAAAAUAUAAAGUCGAAUUAUUUUUAGAGCAAAUUUCCCUCGCAAGUUUAUUAUCGGUUUCAAAAUUAUUCAAUAUUGAAAAUAAAAAAAUUAAAAAUAAAAGAAUAAUGAAGAGAAAUAAGUAUAAGAACUGGAUAUAUACUAACUGAACAUUAUUCUUUGCCCAUUAAAAAUCUCUUUUACACUAAUAUUUUAUUUCUUAUAGUAGGAGACCUAGUAUAUGCGUAUAUAAAAGAGUUCCAUUCGUGUAAGAAAAAAAAAAAACGCGUGAAUGGUUAUUUUGUAUAUAUAUUAUAUGCAUACGUGUACAGGUAGCGUCAGUAUUGAUGGCAGGCGUGUCAUUCAUUGACUAAUUUUACUUUACGUUACUCAACAUAAUAUUAAUGCAUUAUAUUAUGUAGAACUCGUUGCGUUUUAUGAUAUAAUCCCUGUAUAUACGUCGAUACGUUAUACGAUGCUUCUCUUACGCAAUGUAUGUACAAUAUAUUAUGCAUUGAAAAUGCGUCGAUUGUGCGGAUGGAAAGAUUUUUUGCGAGAAUUUAUUUAAAAUACGAAUCGUCUGAGAUAGAGAUCUUUUUUUUUAAUUUUAUACUCAAAGAUUGUAUAUCGCCGUUUUUGGAUGCACAAUUGACUUCUACUCUUCAUACAAUCAUCAUAUUUUUGCAAUUACGAAUAUCCACAAAUAUUUUAGCAUCUAUCGAAUUAUAAUUAUAUGCUUCUCAGAUGUUCUUCACAUUUUAAUAAGUAAAUCGCAUCUUUUAGCCAUAUCUAAAGAGUACAAUGACAUAAAUUUUUAUCUUAUCUUUUUUUCAACUCUCGAUCACGUUUUUCUGCAUACUUAAGCUUGGGAUUAAUGCCGCUGCCAUAAAUCAUUAUUUUUUGCUCGUGACAUUAAUUUAUAAUAUAAGAAUUUAUAUGAUAUAAGAAUUUAAUAUCGAAUGUCACGUACACCAUCAUUAUUGAGGCGCGCAUAAUAAUGUACACAUGUGAAACAAAUCGAAUAAUCAAGUUAAUCGCUAGACAAUAUUGUAGAAAUUUUCGGCGUCGGAUGUGUCUGUAAAUUAGCUUCUUGGCGGAAUAUUCUGUAAAAUAUAAGUGUUGAUAGAGUAAAGUAAGAUAUAUUUGAUAAUAAAACAAAUUUAACAAGUCUUUUAGUCAUCAGUUGUUAAAAUUUUUCUUUAUCGCAGUUCUAAUGGAGUAGUAUUUUACACAGUUUUAGCCACGUUUUUUUAAAUAAUAUUAUUUUUUGUAUUUUUCGGUGUUAUUUAUAUUGAUUGUCUUCCACAAAAAAAAAUUUCUAAUUUUAACUGUUUAUCCAAUAAACUGAAAAUAAAAGAAAUAAAAUAUCAACGAAUUUGUCACGAUAAUUUUACGUAAAGUAAAAAAUUUAAUUAAUACAAAAAUAAAAUUUUAAAUAUAUAUAAAGAAUAAAAUUUUAUAUAUAUAUAUAUAUAUAUAUAUUUUUUUUUUUUUCUUUACAACUAUAAAAAAGUUGAAAUUUGAAAUGAUAUAUCUCAAAUUUUACCGUAUAAUAUACUCUAUAUGUAUAAUGUGCAUUAUGAAUAUAAUAACAGUGUAAAGAUGUUAUAUAUCGUACGUAUGUUGAAAGGAAUACUGUUACUGAUAUGAUCGGUACGCCGUCACGGAAGUAAACUAUCGAAAAGCGCUAAUUAUAUGUGCGAAGCCUAAACACGGCGCACGUGUAACUUCCAGUAAGUGCGAGAUUGUUAGCGAGAGAAGUCACACCGAGAAUAUUUUCCUAAAGAUUAUUAUCAACGAUUUAUGUCGUCGAUCAAGAUGCAAUGAUUACUAGUAUAACCGGUAGUAAUAAUUAAGUAAUUAUAGAAUUAAUUAAUAAUAUAGCGACGAUUGAAAUUGUAUCUUUCUGACCACCGAGUUAAUCUUGUCGUAUAGUCCGUUUCCGCUAGGUACAUCGAAAAGAAUGAAAAACGUUGCAAUGAGUGCGUGUACUAAUCUCAUCGAUCAUUUUAUGUACGGGGCUUUUAUAUAUAUAUAUAUUCCUCUACUUUUUAAUCUUAACGGGCUAUAAAAAUCGAUGAUGCGUGAAUGAGAGUAGUUGUCAUCAUUUUUUUUUUUUUUUUUUUUGUUUAUGUUUUUAUUCAAAUUGUAUCUAUAUCUCGAAAUCUCUCUCUUCCUCUCACAAAUAAGCAAUCUUCUGCGAUUUGGAAGUGAAAGGCUAAAUAUCUUUGAUAUAUUUGUAUAGUUUCUUUCUUUUCUUUCUAGAUCGCAGACCAAUAUUGCUCUCGCUGCGAGAUAUUGCUGUCAUAUCCUACAUCGUUUAUUAUGUUGGAAUAUUCUUAAUCGUUAGAUCAUUCUAAAUCAUAUGACUAUAAAUUCAUUAAUCAUGUUUCCUUGUACUUCCAUAAUGAUAUGUCCGAUAUACAAAGUAACCGCAUUAAUUAAUGGAGUUCUGUUAGAAAUACGUCACAAUAGUAGUCCUGUAACGAAUCAUUAAUGAUAACGUCAUAAUAAUGAAAAAGAAAAAAAAAACACUUUUAAAAUUGGCUAUCUGGAUAUUUUAAACACAUGUGGUCUGAUUAUUUUGAUAAAAUUUUUUUUUUAAUUUAUGCGAUAAAUAUGCGAAAGAAAAUCGUACGUGUAUGAAAAACAUACAGUCACCUCUACAGUAAUGAUAUGUCCGAUUAAAGCAAUUUACAAGUACAAUACAUUCUACCCUAAAAGAUGACCCUAAAAAAGGGAAUAAGAAUUUACCAGUACAAUACAUUCUACCCUAAAAGGUGACCUUAAAAGAGGGAAUAAGAAAGGACGCUUGGAAGAUUCGAUAUGUAGCCGGGAGAUUUUUGUGGAACGAACUAUUUUUCUUAGUCCCCCCGUUUAUACCCUAUUAAGAUUUUGUAACUUUAAAGGCGUUUCUGUCUCGGACACAGAAGAGAGAUCAAGAGAUCUCUAAACAUUUUCAUCUACGACGAAAAUCACUCUUGCGAAUAUAAUUUGUAAUUGAUAGUUUUUCGAGAUAAAAGUCUUAUCUUGUCGCGAAUAUUAGAAGACAAAGAAAUAAUACGGUGAAAUAUCGAUAGUUACAGUUACAGUUGUAUAAUAUUGUAAAAUAAAGACUGUUAGAUCUCCUCCCACACCUCCCAAUUAGAUCUUGAGAGUACAUAAUUGAAUAUAUAUAAUAAAUAUAUUACUUUUUAUUUAAUUUUAAUCUCUCUAUAAAAUAGACUUGAUUAUAUUUGUCAUAAAAUUUGUUAUAAAAAAUGUAUUAUAUAUACAUAUAUAUAUUUGUCAUAAAAUUAUGUGCCUAGAAAAAUUAUCCUUGAGCCUUUCGGGAUAUUUAUUACAAUUUACAUUUAUAAUCUAUACAAUUUGUGCGAAUUACAUGUUAACGUAACAUCGCAUUUUACAUUAUCAAUAGCCGAUUUCAUCUUGCAACGAGAUUUAGUAUGUAUCGGUACCGUCCAUGCGUCUCUCUCUCUCGGUCCAUACCAUUCAAACAUUUCUGGAUCAAUAAGAAUUAAUAUCGAUUAAUUUGUAGAAAGCCUUACGUCAGAUAAAUAACAUAUUCGUGCUGUUGAUAAGAAGGUAUGGAUCGAUGGAAAAUGUGCCUAAACGUUUGCCUAAUCAUUAGAUCAUUAUAAAUCAUAUGACUAUAAAUUCGAAAAUAAUAUCUGUGUCCGAGACAGCGUCGAUUAGCAUAUAUUUUUCUAUGUAGAUACAUAGAUAUAUGUGGAUAAGUCGAAAUCCGUGUCAAAUCUUUUGCAAUAUUGAAAGCUAUUACCGAUAAUUAUAUUUCUAUUAUAAAGUCAAUGUAAUACAACAGUCCAAAAUAGUGCAUAUCAAGGAUCGAUUCAACUUUAUAUGUUUGCGAGAAUAAAAUACUGAUCCUGCGAAGGUAUAUUUACGAAAGUUCGUAAAUUUUAUUGAUGAAUUUAGUUGAAUAUAAAAAAGUGUAAUUAAUGUCAAAGGGCGCUGAUAAAUUCACAGAUAAAAAUACCAAGUCUGAAUAUACAUAUAUACAUGGUGUUCAAUUGUAAAAGUGCAAGACCAAAUUUGCUUUCGAUUAUUAUGCAAUAUUCACAUAUUGUUAUGCAAUGCCCAAUUAAUCCUUUUAUCUUUAUGAUACAUCGAAUAGUUAAAAGUUGCGCUUGAAAACUGAUUCUCAAUCUAACAUGUUUAUAUUAUUAGCGUAACAUAUGUUUAUUUAUAAAUAUGGUAUUGUGUGUUGUAUAUAUCGUAAGAGAACUUCGAACGAUUGAAAAAUUAAUGAAAUGUUUUGCGAAAUUUUAUCAGAAUAAUUCUCGACGUUAUAUUCGCAUAAUUUGUUACAAUCAUCUGUAUUGUUAGAUGAAGAUAUUAAGUUAAGCGUUCUUUCUUUUCUAAUCGCGUCAAUUCACACGUUGUAAGGCGAGAAUGCGUGCGUAAAUAACGUUGUUUGAAAAUAGAAGUUAGAUAUAUGCGCGAAAAAAAGGCUGAAUAGGGAAGGAGUACAAUAUGUAUAAAUAUAUACAAACAUAUACGAUAUUUCUGUAACACACAUACACGCAUACACUCAUACUCUUGUUCUAUAUAUUAUUGAAAUAAUAAAUGAAACGAUUUAUAAUU